UUUCGCUUUUGCUGGCUGUGCUUGCUGAGCAGUUUGGGUUUCUUUUGAAAAGGAGCAGGAGCCUCUAGUAGAAUGGUGUUUCACCAUGUUAGCGAGGCUGGUCUCGAACUGCUGGGCUCGAGUGAUCCGCCCGCCUCCGCCUCCCAAAGUGCUGGAUUGCAGGCUUGAGCCGCUGCGCCCGACACAAGAAAGGUUUCUUGAGGAGUCACCGGGAGCAAGCAAGGAGUCGCUGGAUGGAGAUGAAAAGGAACUAGAGAGCAGCGAAGAGGGAGGUUCAGCCGAGGAGCGGAGACUCGAGCCGCCGUCCAGCAGCCACUACUGUCUUUACAGCUACCGCGGAAGCAGAUUGGCACAGCAACGAGGGGACAGUGAUGACGGAAGCCCAAGUGGCACAAAUGCAGAAACUCCCUCUGGUGAUGAUUUCAGCCUCUCCUUGGCAGAUACUAAUCUACCAUCCGAAGUGGAGCCAGAGCUGCGCAGUUUCAUUGCUAAGCGUCUUUCAAAAGGUGCAGUCUUUGAAGGACUGGGUAAUGUUGCAUCUGUGGAGCUAAAAAUUCCAGGUUACCGAGUUGGUUGUUAUUACUGCCUUUUCCAAAAUGAAAAACUGCUUCCUGAAACAGUAACAAUAGACUCUGAACAUAACCCUUCAGAAUAUGUGGUCUGCUUUUUAGGAGGGUCUGAAAAAGGACUUGAGCUUUUCAGGCUUGAAUUGGACAAGUACAUUCAAGGGCUGAAAAAUAACAUGAAUUGUGAGGAAAGGGGCCUGGAGAGUCACAUAAAAUCCUAUCUGAGCAGCUGGUUUGAGGAUGUUGUAUGCCCAAUCCAAAGGGUUGUUCUUCUCUUUCAGGAAAAGCUUACCUUUCUGCUACAUGCUGCUUUGAGUUACACUCCUGUUGAAGUUAAAGAAUCAGAUGAAAAAACAAAGAGAGACAUUAACAGGUUUCUGAGUGUGGCCAGUCUUCAAGGACUUAUUCAUGAAGGCACCAUGACUUCUUUGUGCAUGGCCAUGACAGAGGAGCAGCAUAAGUCUGUGGUCAUCGAUUGCAGCAGCUCCCCGCCUCAGUUCUGCAAUGCAGGAAGUAACCGGUUUUGUGAGGAUUGGACGCAAGCUUUUUUAAAUGGUGCUGAAGGAGGUAACCCUUUUCUUUUCCGACAAGUACUGGAGAACUUUAAACUAAAGGCCAUACAAGACACAAACAAUUUGAAGAGAUUUAUCCGACAGGCAGAAAUGAAUCAUUAUGCUUUGUUUAAAUGUUACAUGUUCCUAAAGAACUGUGGUAGUGGAGAUAUACUUUUGAAGAUUGUUAAAGUGGAACAUGAAGAAAUGCCUGAAGCCAAAAAUGUGGUAGCUGUCCUUGAAGAAUUCAUGAAAGAAGCUCUUGACCAAAGUAUUUGAUCGUAUGUUUUGAGAUAACUAUGAUCAAAUAUAUUUGUAUAUUUAAGUCUUAGUGUUUGAAAUUGCAGUUAUAAUUGUUCAUAGGAUUGCUAUUUAAGAUGAUUUGAAACUCAAUACAGAUUUUCUUUUCGUAUUUUACCAAUUUAACUUAAACAAAAAUCUGAGGAACAUCUUCACUGAGUCCUAGAUAGAUAUGUAUGUGAGAGUUGUGGAAUUUUAGUGUCUCACUGGCCCCAUAAAUUCCAGGCUUCAGGAAGUUGUUGCUUAAAAAAUUUCAGAGAUGAUUUUGUUUGUGGCUUUUCUCAGGAAAAGCCUGAGUUUGCUGCAGUAUUUAGCAACUUUUCUUCUCCAAAAAACCGUAAUACUUCCUUUUUAGUGGAUUGUAGCUUCUUAAAAAAAAAAUGUAAUCCUAGUCUUAGAACAGAUUAAUACCAUUACACCAUUUCAGAGAUAGAUCUGUGCAUCCUGUGGGUGCUUGAUACAUUUUUUUGUCUAGUUGAUAAUGGCAUGGAUGAUAAAGUCAGAUUUUAAGUCAAUAUGCAAAUCCUGAGUAUGUAGAAAAUUAAAUGAGCUUUAAAAAUCGAUGCACUAGCUUCAAGAUAAAAUAUUAUCUUUGAGCUGGGCGCGGUGGCUCAAGCCUGUAAUCCCAGCACUUUGGGAGGCCGAGGCGGGCAGAUCACGAGGUCAGGAGAUCAAGACCAUCCUGGCUAACACAGUGAAACCCCGUCUCUACUAAAAUACAAAAAAUUAGUUGGGCUUGGUGGCGGGCGCCUGUAGUCCCAGCUACUCUGGAGGCUGAGGCAGGAGAAUGGCAUGAACCUGGGAGGCAGAGCUUGCAGUGAGCCGAGAUCGCGCCACUGCACUCCAGCCUGGGCGACAGAGCGAGACUCUGUCUCAAAAAAAAAAAAUUAUCUCUGAGAGAAAACUACUGCAGAAAUCGCCCCCAGUCACCAUUUCAUUUAUUUGUUCACAGGUAUUUAUGAAGAGCCUGUGUUUUCUUUUCUUUUUUUUUUUUUUUUUUUUUUGAGACGGAGUCUCGCUGUCGCGGAGUGCAGUGGCGAGAUCUCUGCUCACUGCAAGCUCCGCCCCCCGGGGUUCACGCCAUUCUCCUGCCUCAGCCUCCCGAGUAGCUGAGACUACAGGUGCCCGCCACCUCGCCCGGCUAAUUUUUUGUAUUUUUAGUAGAGACAGGGUUUCACCGUGUUAACCAGGAUGGUCUGGAUCUCCUGACCUCGUGAUCCGCCCGCCUCGGCCUCCCAAAGUGCUGGGAUUACAGGCGUGAGCCACCGCGCACGGCCGCCUGUGUUUUCCUUUAGGUGAAAAUGCUGGAGUUUUAAAACAGUGUUGAGAAAAGAAACAAAGUACAUACAGUUUACAAGCAAACUGUAACAUAAGGAAUGCAAACAGGUUCUUCCUAUUAGAGUUGCUCAUUGAUUUUAGUUUUUUGUACAUUUGUUACAAGCCUCAGAUUGUUUUACUCUGAAUCAAUUGAAAGUGCCCUCCGCUAGCUAUUUACAAUUCCCAUGGAAGCCUAUGUAGCUACAUACAUACAAUUGCAAUUUGCCCGGCAUAGCUCUUUAAUAAAUUCAUUUGAUAAUGAUUUUUGCUUAGAAGAACAGAAGUCUUGUGUUCUCACUUCCCUGAGGAUGCUCAGAGGAGCACAAACCCAUAAAACUGAGGAAUCCUUUCUUAAAUGGAUCUAAAUUCACAUUAAGUGCUGAGCUUUAACUUUCAAAAUGACUGACAAUGGCCUUCUGCUUUCUUCUCUACAUAAGCCUCGGGACAUGACUCACCAAGCAUUUCUUUUCUUUUAAUGAGAAAUACAAUUCAGAAUCUUCAUAAAUGCUUUCAUAUGGUUUUAAAUUUUAAUAACUUGGAUUGUAGGCAGUAUAGAAAAAAAUCUAAGUAGCAUUUUUCAUAGUAUUAAAGUGAGAGUGGCUGGGCACGGUGGCUCAUGCCUGUAAUCCCAGCACUUUGAGAGGCCGAGGCGGGUGGAUCAUGAGGUCAGGAGAUUGAGACCAUCCUGGCUAACACGGUGAAACCCUGUCUCUACUAAAAAUACAAAAAAUUAGCCGGGCGUGGUGGUAGGCACCUGUAGUCCCAGCUACUCAGGAGGCUGAGGCAGGAGAAUGGCGUGAACCUGGGAGGCGCAGCUUGCAGUGAGUCGAGAUCGCACCACUGUACUCAAGCCUGGGCGAGAGAGCGAGACUCCCGUCUCAAAAAAAAAAAAAAAAAAAAAAAAUAAGUCUGACGAACUGUGUAUCACUACUAUAGACAAGGAAAAUGUUGUCAUGGAACUGAAUAUCUUGGUCAUGAGAAGAAACCACAGAGUUCAUGACUAGAAACAUGUACUGUAUUCAAAUAAGCUACUAUCUUGGCUUUUAAAGUUUUUUUGUUUGUUUUUGUUUUUGUUUUAUUUUUUGAGACGGAGUCUCACUCUGUCGCCCAGGCUGGAGUGUGGUGGUGCAAUCUCGAAUCACUGCAACCUCCGCCUCCCGGGUUCAAGUGAUUCUCCUGCCUCAGCCUCCCGAGUAGCUGGGACUACAGGCGUGUGCCGCCACGCCUGGCUAAUUUUUUGUAUUUUUAGUAGAGACGGGGUUUCACCGUGUUAGCCAGGAUGGUCUUGAUCUCCUCACCUGGUGAUCCGCCCGCCUCGGCCUCCCAAAGUGCCGGGAUUACAGGCGUGAGCCACUGCGCCCAGCCAGCUUUUAAAGUUCUAAAAAGGAUUUGUUCAGACAUGGAAUAUAUUUAUGUAUAUUACUUGUGUGCUGUACACACAGAGGAAAUGUAUGUUUGUCAUGUAUGAAUGGCUUCAGUUUCUCUGUAAUUGAUUUGUAAUUAUAAUAAUUAAUAAAACUUAGCUUCUCAUCAA